AUGUUUCGCCAAUCUCUCAGGAGGUGCGCUCGCAUCAGCGGCGCAACCUUUGCCGCCCCGGCUCUCCGAACGACCAGACCUGCCGCCUUCCAGACGAUCGCGAAGUCCCCGGCAAGCGCGCUUCGCGUGCCCCUCAGCAUUAAUGCGUUCAGACUCUACUCUAGCGAGGCCGCCAGCGCAGCGGCCGCGCCGGUCGUCGAGGAUGAAGGAAACGCCUCCGGUUUGACGACAAAGUUUGCGGAUUUGACGAAGUUGGGCGUUCACCCGACCCUUGUCGAUACCAUCACGCACAGAAUGCGGUACGAGAACAUGACGGACGUCCAGAGCAAGACCAUCGAGCCUGCACUAAAGGGCAUGGACCUGGUCGCCCAAGCAAAGACAGGUACCGGAAAGACCCUGGCGUUCCUCGUUCCCAUUCUGCAGAGGAUGAUUGCGGCGGAUCCGUCGCUCGCAACCAGAAAAGCGCGGUACCAGGCUAGCUCUAAGGACGUUCGUGGAAUCAUCAUUUCCCCUACACGUGAGCUCGCCGAACAAAUCGCCCUCGAGGCCGAGAAGCUGUGCGCGGGCACGGGUCUGGUCGUCCAGCGUGCCGUUGGUGGAACACGAAAGGGCGAGAUGCUGCAGAAGACCCGCAGAGAAGGUUGCCACUUGCUCGUUGGUACACCCGGACGUCUCAACGACCUUCUCGAGGACCCCUACAGCGGAAUUGAGGCACCUAAUCUAGCUGCGAUUGUCCUCGACGAGGCUGACCGCAUGCUUGACGUCGGUUUCGAGAGGGAGCUGCAGUCCAUCGUCGACCAGCUGCCCGACCCCAAGACUUCUGCGCGCCAGACUCUGCUCUUCUCUGCCACCAUCCCCAAGAACGUCAUCGCUCUUGCCCGCCAAUGGGUCCGCUCCGACAACUUCGACUUCAUCCAGACCAUCUCCAAGGACGACGUUCUCACCCACGACAGGGUUGACCAGCACGUUGUCCACUGCAGAGGCUGGGCCAACGUCUUCCCUGCCAUGUACGAGCUCAUCGACAAGGAAAUCCAGAAGAGAACUGCCGACCGGGAACUGCUGCCCUUCAAGGCCCUCGUGUUCCUGCCUACGUCGGCUUUGGUCGAUCUUGCUGGCGAUGUCGACAUUACGAUGAGAGCGGACCGCGAUCGCGUCCAGGGCUGGAGAAUCCACUCCAAGCUCACCCAAGGCCAGCGCACCAAGGCUGCAGAGUUGUUCCGCAAGGCCAGGUCUGGCAUCCUGUUCUCCACCGACGUUACUGCCAGAGGUCUCGAUUUCCCCAACGUCACCCAUGUUAUCCAGAUUGGCGCUACCUCGGACCGUGAGCAGUACAUCCACAGACUCGGCCGCACGGCUCGUGCAGGCAAGGAGGGUGAGGGAUGGAUGAUUCUCGCCGACAGCGAAAUGGACCUUGCCCGCCGGGAACUGCAAGGCCUUCCCUUGAAGCCCAACAAGACGAUCGAGUGUGCUCAGCACGACUUCACCAGUGGAGACGAGCCUACAGCCAUUUGCCAGAAGGUGACCCAGGCUACUGCUCGGGUCGACCCCCAAGUCUUGGAGGUUGCCUACCUGUCCCUGUUUGGUCAGAACCGCGACAACGUCCAGGCCAAGGUUGACGAGCUCCGCGAAUGGUGGGUCAAUGCCAUGGAGCAGGACGAUACGCCCGCCCUGAGUGCUUCUACUAUCGAGAAGCGUGGUCUGCGCAGAGUCAGGGGUCUCAACGUCAGACAACCGGGCUCUAGGUACGGCAGCGACAGUGGCGGCCGUGGCGACCGUGGAGGCUUCAGCCGUGGUGGCGACCGCGGUGAUCGAGGUGGCUUCAGCCGUGGUGGUGACCGUGGUGGUGACCGUGGUGGUUUCAGCCGCCGCGAGCCCCGCGAUGCUUUUGAGAAGAUGGAGAUGGACAGCACCAGCUCUGACCGCCGCUCAGGUGGUUUCAGCCGGAACGGUGGACGUGGCUUCGGUGGAAGAGAGCGUCAGCAGAGAUCGUCCUGGUAA